UGCAGUUAACGCAACGAUUAGCAUGCAGAUCAUCCAUCCGUUCCCUUAACACAUGUAUGGGUUUCACGUCUACAUGUAGUCCCAGUUAUUCUCUUCCAUGGCCGUUUCGAUGCCCGACUAGAAGCACACAAUCGAUGAUUCUGCGCUGCUGGACUGGGUGGCGCUGCGAUCGUCUUUUGAUCGCCCUGUCGUCAGCUGUUCGGUGCUUGCCUACGUUACCUUAGAUUGAAGUGAAUGUGUUUGCCUUUGAGGGCCUUUGUAAAUGUGUAUGAAGCAAUGAACAACUAUUUAAGUGUCUAUAUGACUACGAUUGCUAAGUGGCUUUUGUUAAACAAUCGCCAGAAUCCCAAGUCAAAGUAGAUGGGGUUUAGCAUCGACCGAGAGGGCUGGCAGCAACUAAAUUGCAUAAACUUGACGUCGUUGACGACAACCAUGGCAAACGCAUAGAGGUUAGAAAGGGUAGAAAGUCAAGGAAACAAACAAGGGGGCAGAGAACAGGAUCAUUGACUUGUUUAUCUAUCAACUCUAUUCUAACACUGAAGUCAUUGCCAAAACCGAAGAAGCGAUUCUGUGAAGGCAGGUAAUGGAUCAACAGCAGCUACCUGGCUGAACGUACAGGUCGGCGGGCAUCACAAUAACAACAUCUACUGUCACGACCAUUGCCAGGGGAUUUUACCAGCAUCGGACAGUAGCAGCCUUAACGGUCAGUGGUUGUCGGUCAAUGAGUCAGUCCAGUUUGUCUGGCCCCACAAAUGUUAUUUACUUCUGUAUCUGUCCGCUGUCAUCACCACCCCAACAUCACAGUCUUCUACCUUUUUAGUGCAGUAUAAGAUGGGAGGAGCGCGCUCGGUUUGGCUUUGAAAAUUAUUUCGCGUCGUUUUGAAAGUACGACGGGCACACGCACCCAGGCAUUUAGAAGCAAACGGAAGAAGUGGUGAGCUGCAGGUAUUGUAACAAGGCGAAGCGAACCACAGCGAGAAAGCAACCGUGGAGGAUUCAGUCUUGGUAGUCUACAGUGUGUCUAUAGUGAAACCAGCGGAAAAAGGAAAUCGGUUGUGCGCGUGUCAGCUUAGGUUGACAUCGACGAAACGGAGAGUCAGUUGUUGUAGAUAUCAUCUGUUAGUAUUUGUUAUUCGUGUUACUCAGGGAGGAAAGUCUGAUAGAAAAAACGUCUUUAGUCUGUCUUGGAAACGUGCUGUCCUGGAACAUUUACUCCUCAGUCAAUCAGAUUUGCUGUAACAGGCGUUUAUCUAAGAGAACCUAGACAUUUUCUAGGUUGAUUGUUUUACAACUUACUUAGAGAAAUGCACCUGUAACUUUCAUGACGAGCCGCUUGAAACUAUUAUAUCCAUACUGAGUGCAUUAUAUGUUUGUGGAAAUUAGCGUCAGCGAUGUCAAUACAUCAAACUGAUGGGCUAUAUUAAUUAAAUUCGAAGUUGUUUGCGAUAUUCGCAAAGUGAAGAAUACGCCUGAGCGUGACUGUCAGUUGAUAUCGAAGCCCGAUAAAUUUUGUUCGAGAUUUUAUUUUUCGUUAAACAGAAGCAUGAGACCCUAAAAAACGGAGACGUACCAAUUUUUAAAGGUGAUAUUGAGAAAGUAUUGUUAUCCCAUUGUUAGUGAAUUCAACGAUAUGGUCUGAUUCUAGCUUUCAAAAUAUACCCGUCCAAAACUGCUGUUUUGAUUACAGUGAUUGUAAGGUACACGAAAGUAUGAAGGGGUCAGGUGGAAAACAACAGUUAAAAAUGGAAAAUAUGAGUGCUAAUGAACUCCGUGAGUACGGGAACAAAUUGUUCGGUGUGCGCAAAUAUGACGAGGCUAUUCAGUGUUAUUCAAAGGCCAUUAUUAAAAACCCAUCAGUAGCACUGUACUUCACGAAUCGGGCACUCAGUUAUCUCAAGUUACACCAGUGGGAGUUGACGGUUCAGGACUGCCGCCGUGCCACAGAUCUGGAUCCGAACUCCGUUAAGGGGCAUUUCUUUCUUGGUCAAGCUCUAGUUGAACUGGAUUCGUUAGAUGAGGCUAUUUUGCAUCUCCAAAGAGCUCAAGAACUGGCUAAAGAGCAGAAAUUAAAUUUUGGCGACGAUAUUGCUGUCCAGCUGCGAAUCGCUCGGAAACGCCGUUGGAAUCUCCACGAGGAGAAACGCGUGGCCCAGGAAAUCGAACUACAAAGUUAUAUCAAUCAGCUCAUACUCGCGGAUUGUGCGCGUAAACAAGCGGACGCGGAAAAAUCAAAUGCAACACCGACUGAGUUGUCAGAGAUUACGGAACGACAUGAGUCCUACCUGUCGGAGGUGAAUGCUCUUUUUGCCGCUUUGGACGAACGGCGACGUAAACGUGAAGUGCCAGACUUCUUAUGCGGGAAGAUCUCGUUCGAAAUAAUGACAGAACCUGUCAUCACACCCUCAGGUAUUACCUACGACCGCAGAGACAUCGAAGAGCACCUGCAGCGCGUCGGGCAUUUUGAUCCUGUCACCAGAACGCCUCUGACCCAGGAUCAACUCGUGCCAAAUCUCGCCAUGAAAGAGGUUGUGGACACGUUUGUCGCUGAAAAUCCCUGGGUAAUUGACUUCUGAAAAAAAACAAUUACCUUCGAUUACCUUAAAACGUUAGAACCAACGGGAUUCUCAUUUACUGGCAGACAUUCGCUGUGAUCGUACGCGGAUCUUUGGCUAAUUGUGCUUCUAUGGCUGAACGUCAUUCUCUUUGUUAAUUAUGGUUCGAAGAACGAGAAAGCUCCGGUUUAAAUCUAACAUUUCGCAUGCGAACUUUAGCGGGUUCUGGCUGCGAACAGGCAUGCGCAAUAGUAAGACGAAAUAUGUCGUCAGCUGAUGCGUAAACAAACACUGCUAUAAUGAUAAACGCACUAAUUACAUUAAUGUAUGCUGUUAUCUUCAUUGGCAUAUCCUAAGUAUCACAAGUAAAAUAUAUGUGAAUGAUAGAUACACUGUAACAACUGCGUAGAAAACUGCAAGCGUAGCUUUAUAACAGGAAGUGAUCGCACACGCCAAUUCUAGCUACGGCCCAUAAGGUUCGUGCGUGACCGUGUGCUAUAUUUCUUCGCCUAACCUAGAGAGUUAUUACCAUUGACGGGAAUGCCAACAAUUUAGUGCGGUUCUGUCAUUUAUGGAUUAGGCGCUCGGUUCAAACCAAUGAAAUCUAAAAACUUCAAAAAAAGCAGAAGUGGACAAAUUCGUUAAGAAAAAAUGAUGGUAAAUAGCUGAGUAUCUUUUCUGGUUGUAGCUACCUGCAUGAUGAUCUAAGACUAUAGAAGUAUCUGACUUCUUUAAGGAAAUCGAAAAAAAAAUAAGGAAACUUGUAGAUUUCAAUUAUAGACCAAGGACCGGCUUAACUACGGUAAUACGUACCGUAAAGACAAAGAAAGCGCGAAAUGUGAUUAUGUGCACACAAAUAGAUAGAUAUACUAAAGAUGCACAGGGUGUAGGUGAACAGAUGUAGGUGAAUUUAAAAGACCGCGGUAUUACUCCAUCAGUAGAUGAGUGAAGUUGUGUAUAUAUAUAUAUUAUCAUUCGUAAAUGCUGAGAAAUAAAUAUUGUUGAACUUCGCGAAAAUAGAAAACAAGAAAUUACAGAAAAGGGAACAUUUGCUGCUUUAUCCCUUUCUGUGCUUCGUAAAGCGGAUUACUUUUCAUUCAACUACUCCUCUUGAUAGAAUAAUAAUAAUACAAAUUAUUAUUGUUCUGGUUAUUAUUAUUACCUAGUUUAUCCCUAUCGUUACACCCAACUGACACAUUAACGAGCAAUAGGUACGGAAAGCGUGAACGGAAAUCGAGAAAGUGCAGAAAUGUCAGCGGAUAUGUAAGUAAAAUAGUACUAAGGCAUCGAAUUGUAUAUGAACCGUAUUGCCGGUUAAUGAGAAUAUCGCUCGUUGUCUUGCUCGGCGACUUGUCUAGGUCGAACGUAUCUGAGAUUGCAAUUACUGUAUUAUAAUAAAUAAAGCUGAUAAUUUGUAUUAUUAUCGAGAACUCAUUAUUAUCAUUACUUUUUUCAUUACUGUUUCCUUACACCUUUUUCUGCUCGAACACAUGUUAACAUAAUGGCGGUGAUAUUUGUAGAAGAGGCGUUUAUGAGGGAUCGAAUGCAAAAAUUCCAAUUUACAUUAUUAUUAUUCUUGUCACAAUCAGUCUUGCUCACUCUAUUCAGAAUUACCUAUCGGUGACAUUGUAUGGUCGGGUAUUAAUAAAUGUGAAACCGCAAAUACGAAGGACUUAUCUUUGUUUUGAUUAAGCCAGACUAUGGUCACUUUAAGGGAUAGUGCCCUUUUAUUAGACAGUAGAAAAAUAAGUUAUUAGUCUCAGAUGUAAGUAAGAUGAUUGCGGUUUAAUUAAGCCUACAGAUCUGCAGAGUUGAAAUUCCUACUAAUUUUUAAAUACAUCAUGUUAGUCUCUCAAUUUGAUACCAAGACAUUAUUUAUUAUUAUUAUAUAUUUCUCCGUUAUUCGUCCCCGAUGCCAAUCCUUUGCAGUUGAAUUAUGAACGAAGCAAGCGACGAAAGAACUUUUCAACAUGCUCCAGAGAUAAUUAUCUAAUUAUUUUUAUUAGCAAAACUGUGCCCUUUAUAAUUACAUGUUAUUGGAAGUGACCUACUAUACAAUAAACUCUUGUUAUACAACUCAUUAUUAUUUUAUGGCUGGCAAGUCUGUGGGAAGGAUAUUCUCUAUGCCAGAAGAAACGGCGUCACGUUUACGUACAUUGCGACAACCGCUUAAUGGCGAAUACUGGCGGUCAUUGUUCUCACUUUAUGUCAUGCGCAACGAGCUCCCGGAUUACUUUUAUGCAGUAUCAUGGGUUUUCAUAGUGUGUAGUGGAUUGGCGUACAGCAGUUAGGAGGUGCAUUUAGCAGCAGCAACCCCUAACAAAGAAGCAAUGCAAACCGAAGCCUUAUUUAUUUUCACGCUUCCGCUGUUUUGUCGAUCAUCCAAAUACUAAUGUUCAUACAAAUAGACAAAGGAAAACAGUGGCGCUCCUCAAAUUUACAUUUUUCUAAACUACAAGCUAAAGCACACAGUUACGUGAAACAUCUAGCUAAACAAACAAAUCAGUCAGCUAUCCUGAAUAAGAAAUUCCGAACAAAAAUAUUAGGCCGGCAGAAACAUACAACCCGCCAAAGGAAAAAUACAUAUGAAUUUUUAGUGUUAGGUAACCAUAUAGACAUGACUAAUUUAAUUAAUAAAGUUUUGACUACGUGGAACAUUAGCCCG